AAUUUGUGCUGUGCAUUUUCUACAGCUGUGGAAUAUUGCAGUUCAAGCUGAAUCUAGUAAUGGGUAGUUUUUGAAAAUACUAAAAUUUCUUUCUGCGGAGAAAUCUGAUGGAGUUGUGUUGUAUUUAUUAGAGACGAUUGUUGUUUGUUUUCUGGGUUUCCAUUAACAUUGUUUGCUUUGAUGCUACUUUCAUUGGUGACCAGGUGUAUCUGGGGCUUUAUGCCUGUAGCCCUAUGCAUAUUACCUAAUUUUAUGACUUGAUUAUGUGGUAUUGGUGGACUCCUUAGUAGAAUGGGAUUAGUGUUUGUUUGGCAUUCUUUCUCUUUUUCUCUAGCGUUGGGAAGGCCUUGUCUUCCACUUCAGCUCAAUGAGGUUGUACGUUGAGGUGUUGAAGACACCAGUUUUUGGUGGUUAUGUUGCAUCAAAUAAUUACAGAAUGUUGCUUUCAGAUUCAAACGGAUUUAGAUUCUUAAAAUAUUUGUAUGGGGUUUCUUUAAUUUGGUUAGAUUCAUGAGCUUAUGUUAGUUUCAUGAUUAUUGAACAGAACGCAAUUGGAGAUAAAUUGACCCCCCACAAAAAAAUUUAUAAUAUAAAAUAAACUCUCUAAUAUUUAAAUAUCUUUCUACCUUUUUUUCUUUUACGACCAUUUUCUUUUAUUUCUGUAUACUUACAACUAAAGUAUCAUAUCAUUUUCUUAAUUCGAAUGCAACCUAAAAGUUUUGGAAAUUACAGUAAGUGAUUGGCAAAUUAGUCAGUUUGGAGAAGAGAAGAUGGUAACUGCAACAAGAGAGGUUAUUGGAAGAUGCUAAUUCACAGUUCUUCUCCAAGAUGAAUGCUAAAAUUAGAAGAUUAUGUUUCUUCUUCUCCUUGGUGUGUGGAGUAUUAGUCUGACUCCAAUCUUUUUUCUUAUAUUAGCUGUUGUCUGGAAUUAUCCUUUGUCUUCUUUCUCACUAUUUCCCCCUUCCUUCCUUCUUACUCUUUCUAUCUCUCUCUCUGUCUCUCUCUCUGUCUCUAAUGAGUUCUCUUGAAACCAUAUGGCACUUUUUCUCCUCAAGAUGGUUACUCCUCUUUUGAACAGUGGUCUCUGAUGGGAUUUCCACUACUACUCACCAGGGAUGCUAGGAAGAUCACCGGUUUCUCCCCUGUUAACCCUUGAUUCUGGAAUAAGUUUAAGCUUUUUAGGUCCUGAUCUUGCAACAGCUGCACGUAAUGUGAAAUUCUGCGGCGCUCUUUCAUCAAACACAUUCCAGGGAGCUUGGACCUCUCAUUUGUCUCCUAAGAAGUGGAUAGUACAUUCUACUGCACAGAUUGAUAAUUUAGCUUUGAAUGAUGAACAGAAAAAGACAUGGGAAGCAUGCAGAGAAGCUCUGUCUGCAUUUGAGUUCAGUGCUCAGGAGAAAGACAAGAUACUAGGAAAAGCAUUCGGGCACGUGCAUUCACCUUACUGGGGCGAAGAACGAAAACAGCAGGUUCCAGAUAUUGAAAUUGUCAGUGGCAUAAUAGAUUACUUGAGGAGCCUUGGCCUUUCUGAUGAUGAACUUUACAAGGUGGUCAAAAAAUUUCCUGAAGUUCUUGGAUGUAGUCUCGAGCACGACUUGAAGAACAAUGUAAAAAUACUCGAAAAGGAUUGGGGGAUAAAAGGAAAAACGUUGCGAAACCUUCUUCUUCGAAAUCCAAAAGUAUUAGGUUACAAUGUUGACUGCAAGGGAGAUUGCAUGGCUCAAUGCACGCGGUGCUGGGUUAGGUUCUAGCUUAGUCUCAGUGUCAUUAUCAUUCUUUCUUAUAUUAAAGGGAUUAUUGCACAAUUUUCUUCCUUGUCAUGUAUAUUAUCUCAUUCAAUGGAGUUCCAUGAAUAAAUUUGUACCAUUUCUAA